AUGCCUCUAUACGACUCUUUGAAUGACUUGGAUGACCGGCACAUUAAGAGCAUCAAGCCUUUGGUGCCUCCGCAGAUUUUGGUGGAGGAAUACCCACUUUCCAUGGAGGCUGCACAGGUGGUGCAGCAGGGCCGCCGCGACACGAGCGACGUGAUCAAGAAACGUCAAGAUCGCCUCAUUGUUAUUGUGGGCCCGUGCUCGGUUCAUGAUGUGCGCGCCGGUAUCGAGUAUGCUAAGCGUUUGAAGGAAUAUGCCGACAAAGCACGCGACGACCUUCUCAUUGUUAUGCGAGUUUACUUUGAGAAGCCCCGCACCACGGUGGGCUGGAAGGGACUGAUCAACGACCCUAACCUUGAUGGCUCAUUCCAGAUCAACAAGGGUCUUCGCCUCGCUCGUGGAUUCCUUCUAGAGGUCGCAAAGAUUGGACUUCCUGCUGCCACUGAGUUUUUGGACGCCAUUAGCCCCCAAUACACUGCUGAUCUUGUGUCUUGGGGCGCUAUCGGUGCUCGUACAACCGAGUCGCAGGUGCACCGUGAACUAACUAGUGGACUGAGCAUGCCAGUUGGCUUUAAGAAUGGUACAGACGGAUCUGUGCGCAUUGCUGUCGAUGCCAUAAAGUCGUCCUCUAGCUCGCACCACUUCCUCUCUGUCACCAAGCAGGGCAUUUCUGCUAUUGUCGAGACCACCGGCAAUGACUUGUGCCAUAUCAUUCUUCGUGGCUCCAAUACGGGUCCUAACUAUUCCUCAGAGCAUGUGGCUGGUGCCAAGGCUUCCUUGGAAAAGGCCGGUCUUCCCGCCCGUAUCAUGAUUGAUUGCAGCCACGGGAACAGCGAGAAGAAGCACGAGAACCAAAUCAAGGUCGUGGAGAACAUCGCCGAGCAGCUUAGCGCUGCCGACAGUAAUUCUUGGAGCAUCAUUGGUGUCAUGUUGGAGAGCAACCUUGUUGAGGGCCGUCAGAAUGUGCCUCCUGAAGGACCGCAAAACCUCAACUACGGACAGUCUAUAACUGAUGCUUGCAUCGAUUGGGACAUGACCGUCCAAGCUCUGGAUAAGCUGCGUGCUGGUGUUCAGCAACGUCGGCAAAAGACGCCGGAGAACCUGAGGCCUACUACUCAAGUCAACCGGGAUCUGUUGACUCCCCAGAACAAGCAGGAGGGAUUUAACGAUGCUGCUUUGGCUACCCUAGGUAAAUAG